AAAAUUUUUUAUAAAAAAGAGAAGAAAAAAAAUAGACAUUUUAUAGAGAGAGAAAGUAGAGAGAGAAGGUGGAAUGAAGAAGAAGAAGAAAAGCAGCAAACAAGAGUUGGGAGAAGUAAGCAGCUGCUGUGUACUCUCGCCCUAAGCUUUCUCCCCUACUUUCACUCUUCUUCUUUUCUUCAAUCUUUCUCUCUCUAGACAAAAAAAAAACUUUGUGCUUUCUCUCUCUUACUUCCGUUUCUCACUCUACUUUCUCUCUCUAGAUUUCGCUUGUUUCAGACUCUACCCUUUUUUAUUUUUUUUGAAUUAAAUUUUUUUUUUUACUCCAUUUGAUCAAUCUAUGCCUCCUUCAUAUGUAAUCGAUUACGGGUAGUGAAAAUUGGAGAUUUUUUAGAUUUUUUUUUUUAAUUUUAAGAUUGUUAGGGAUUUUGGUUUUAUUUUUCUGGAUCUGAUGUACUGGGUAGGUUGAAAUUGAGGGAAUUUGAAAUGGGUUUGUGGUGAUUUUUUUUUGAAAUUUGAGUUUAAAUUUGUGGGUUGAUUUUGAUUUUUCAUUUUAAGCUCUUAAUUUUGGUUUUUUAUUUUUUGGAUUUUUUUUGUAGUUUGAAAUUUGAAUUGAUCUGAAUUUUUUUUUGAAAUUUGAGUAUUUUUUUCCUUUUUUUUUGGGAAUUUUAGGGUUGUGUUUUCGAUCUGGGUUCUGAGAAUUGAGAGUCUUUCAAGGUUAAUUUUUUUUUACUCAGAGUUGCUGAAAUUGUUCUUAAUUUCUCCUGGAUUGAGUGAACAAUUUGUGCAGCAUUAUAAUUCCCAGUUAUAAAAAAAUCUGUAGGUUAGCUUAUUUGGGCUCGAAUUUGUCUGAUUUUAGGUUGAAAAUUAUGCAAACCAUUUGUUAGUGAUCAUCAUUACAGUUCAACUGUUUCAGGCACACUAUUGAGAUGAUCGAAAUGACGAGCGACAGUGAUAAAAGGAGGGCUGCAAAAUGUCGAAAAAAUUCCCCUAGUGCUGAAGAGGUUUCCAGUGGGGGUAAUUCUUCUGGGGGAAGUUCUCUGAAGAAAGGUCCAUGGACAUCAGCUGAGGAUGCAAUUUUGGUAGAAUAUGUUACAAAGCAUGGGGAGGGGAACUGGAAUGCAGUCCAAAAACAUUCAGGACUUUCACGCUGUGGGAAAAGCUGCCGUUUGCGAUGGGCUAAUCACUUGAGACCAGAUUUGAAAAAAGGUGCAUUCACCCCUGAAGAAGAAAAUCGUAUCAUAGAACUCCAUGCUAAAAUGGGAAAUAAAUGGGCUCGUAUGGCUGCAGAGCUGCCUGGACGUACAGAUAACGAGAUAAAGAACUACUGGAAUACAAGAAUUAAGAGGUUGCAACGCGCUGGCUUACCCAUUUAUCCCCCUAGUGUUCGUUUGCAUGCAAUGAGUGAGUCUCAACAAAGUGAGGAUAUGAUGACAUGCCAGAAUGGAGAUCUACACGGUUCUGAGGCCUCAGAGUCUAGUGGUUUUGACAUUCCUGAUGUGGAGUUCAAAAAUUUAGGACUCAAUCAGGGAUAUCUAAACUGUUCUCCAGCGCUACUUGAUAUGCCUCCUACAAGCCUCCUCCAAAAAGGUGUGAGCUCGUCUAGCAGCUAUGGCUUCAUGUUCUCAGCAUUGAAUCCUCACAAACGCCUUCGGGAGGUGGAAAGUCAGUUUCAUAGUUCUGUUGCAAGCACCAGCAACGCCUUUUCCUCAUUUGAUCAGCAUGAAGAUGAUCUCUUUGGAAGGCUUACCUCUGUGCAGCCACUUUGGUCACCGCCUUCAUAUGAUCCUGAUUUCAAUAUCGAUCAGACCUCCCCUAUUGACGUUCUUGGUAGCCAUGCCCCUAUAAAUGGCAAUUCCUCUUCUUCUGAGCCCAUUCAUGAGGCCAUGAAGCUGGAGCUCCCUUCACUCCAAUACUCAGCGUCUCAAGUAGGUAGUUGGGCUACACCAUCUUCCCCAUUGCCUUCCCUUGAGUCAGUUGAUACUUUAAUCCAAUCUCCCUUGAGUGAGCACACUCAAUCAAAUUGUCCUUCCCCACGCAGCAGUGGCCUGUUGGAGGCAAUUGUUUAUGAAUCACGGUCUUUGAAGUGCUCAAACUAUAAUGCGCACCAGCAGAUUUCAGAGCCUUCUGUAAUGGCUGGUGAUGGUGUUGAAUCCUCAUCACGGAAUGUAUGUGAAACAAGAUGGGAUGCGUGUGGUGAUCCAAUGUCACCACUUAGUCAAUCUGCUGCUUCUGUUUUUGUUGAGUACACUCCUGUGAGUGGUGGAAGCUCAUCAGAUGAACCCCAGUCAGCUGAGAAUGAGGUCAUACCAGGCCAAUUCAAGCCAGAAGCAGCUGACUGGAUAUCAGAUGGAAACAAAGAUGUUUUGUGUCCGUUAGAUUACUUAAGACCCGAUGCUUUGCUGGAUUCAUUUUGGUAUAGCCAUCGUGCUGGGCUUAGCAAGGAUCAAUCAGUUACAGGAGAUGAUGGGGCACUUCUAGGUGAUGAUCUCAGUUGCGAAUAUAAACAAGCCAGUGCUCUGCCCUCGGAUGAAUCGAAUCAAAGUUUUGGGCUGGGUUCUUCAACAUGGGAUAUCUCUGCUGUCUACCCUUUCUCAAAGAACGAUUGAUUGUGCCUUGAUGCAUCUCAUUUCACCUGAAUUUCAUGUGUUCAUAUUUGAACUUGACUGACUCUUUGUUCAUUGGAAAAACAAAAAAAAAUGUUCUGUGAUGAUUAUUUGGUUUAUAUUUUUAGUUCUGUGUUGCUGGUGUAAGAAUCUUGGGUUUUCGGAGACCAUUUUUUGUUGGAAAGAAGAUUUAAUGAGAAACUUGAGGUCCCAUACUAA